AUGUUGGCGAAAGCGCUUUUCUUCACUCAGAAGGAGGCCAUGGAGGUCAUCAAAGAGAAGAGGCUCAAGACGAGCUUCAACAACACGAACAAAGGGCUCACGCAUAUCAAGGAUAGUCAAGCGAUCACUGAUGUCUUUGGCGUGAGUAAGAAAUUUUUCACGAAGUCAUCACUGCGGCUGAGGUUAUCGAACUGGUCUUUGAGGUGGCUGAUGCUGUGUCGAAUGACGAAUCUUUAA